UGCUAUUUUUCAAGAAAACUUCACACUUGCAUGGAAUUACUCUUACCUCAGCAAGACACAUCUCAAUUCAUGACCAACAACAGAUUUUAAGCCGUGUAUAAAUAAAUAACCGCCCGUAGCCUUGUUAAAUCGGCGUGGGUGUGCUAGCCACCAAACACCAGUUUACUCACUCGUUCCCGCCUUUUUUUCUCAAGCGCGCGUUCAUGCAGAGAUCAGCUCCGUGUGCAGCACUUGGAAACACGCAGAUAGAUAGUCUACUGUAAACAGAGGAGUCCACAGCCACACACUCGUCGUCUCUCAUCGGGUUCAUACAGUUUGAGGGCAGAGCAAAAUGACAGAUCCUCCAUCUUUGUUGUCCAUUCUUACUGCGCUGGCUGUGUUUGCUUCUUUGGCCUCUAGAGGUGCCUCCAUCACAAACAAUGAGGACAACUGCCACUCGACACAGAUGAAGGUCCCAGUGAUCCUGGACCAGAGCUCAGCAACUCUUCAAAGUCCAGAAUUCACUGCUGAUGAAUCCAAUGACCAAGCAGUGAUGUGUGGGAUUGAGUGCCAAAGAAAGCUGCCAGAACCGAGGCCUGCCGAGCUGGAGCGAUUGCUGUCUUAUGAAACAGUCUACGAGAACGGGACGCGCAUCUUCACCAAAAUCAAACUGGAGCAAUUCUCCGCUGACUUGAGAAACAAGUCCUCUUCUGUUGUUUGCAACUCAGAACCACUUAAGCGCAGAAAGCGGCAGGUAUACGGCAUGGAUGGGCGUUUUGUGAUCACCGAUAAACAUUUCACCACCAAUUACCCCUUUUCCACCUCGGUUAAGCUCUCCACGGGUUGCUCAGGAAUCUUGGUUUCUCCAAGACAUGUGCUGACCUCUGCCCACUGUGUCCAUGAUGGCCACGAGUAUCUGAAGGGCACAAAGAAGCUCCGUGUGGGUGUCAUGAAGCUUCGCUCCAAACGCACGGGAGGACGCCAACGAGGAGGCAGGAGCAGAGGAGAAAAGAGGAGAGAAAGUGAAGCAGAAAUAAAGGAGCCCAACGGGAAAAGGAUGAACCGUAUGAAGCGAGACACAGAGUCAGACCAGUCUAAAAAAACAGUCUUCAGGUGGACGCGGGUCAAGCGAACUCAAGUGCCAGCAGGCUGGAUGAGACAAACAGGCAAGGAGGUCUCGGCUGACUAUGAUUACGCCCUGCUGGAGCUGAAACGAGCCCACAAGAUGAAGUUCAUGGACUUGGGUGUUGUUCCUGCAGUCAAGGACGUCCCCGCUGGAAGGAUUCACUUCUCUGGGUUUGACAACGACCAAUUGGGGAAAGUGGUCUACCGCUUCUGUUCAGUCUUGGAGGAGUCUAAUGACCUGAUGUACCAGUACUGCGAUGCGCAGAAGGGAUCGAGCGGAGCCGGUGUGUAUGUAAGGCUACGGGAUCAGGGAGGAAAAGGGAAGUGGAAGAGGAAGGUGAUCGGUGUGUUUUCUGGACACCAGUGGGUGGAUGUCGAUGGGAUGCAGAAGGACUAUAACGUGGCAGUGAGAAUAACACCCAUCAAGUAUGCACAGAUUUGUCAUUGGAUCCACGGAAAUGCAAGCCAGUGCAAAUUAGUCUAAGAGGGUCAUUCUUAAGUGAAGGUACUACAUUUAUACGCCCAACAUGACGUCAAGGAGUCCUCAAGACUGCAGGGACAGUCUAGAUUAAAAAAAACAUGUGACCCAAUGGAACAAUUAUUGUCGCAACACAGAUAGAGCAAAGAAAUGCCUUUACAUGACAAGAUAGACUUGGAUGUUGUAUAUUUAUUUUGUUUAUUGCCAAAAUUUGAGACUUGAGGCUUUAAAAUGGCCAUGUUUGUGUUUAAAAAGGCAAAAUUACCAUAUGAAGCCAAGUAGUCAGCUACUGAAAAGCAAAACAGCUAGGCACUCUGUCUGCCCGAGUCUUCCGUUCUUGAAGAGUUCAGCCAAAUAUGAAAAAUGUAUUCAUGGUGACUAGAUUAUUUUCAGAAGAAAAAUGGAUGGUAGUUCAUGCUACCUCUGAACAACAAUAUAUUAAUGUCAGGGACAAUUGUUUAUGACUAAGAGCCUACAUUAUUUGUAAUUGAAUGCAUAAGCGAUAUGGAUUUUCUUGCGUCAUAAAUCUCCAUCCAGUUUCACUGAAUGAAGGAGAUGCUCAGAUUAGUUUAGGUCCAAACUCAGUCCUGGAGGGCAGGUGUCCUGCAGAUUUUAGCUCAAACUUACCUCAACACACUUGCAAGGAA